AUGUCUCAGUUCGGCGCUGGAAAGCCGGGCGGAUGGGGGCGGCCACCAGCAGGAGGUUUGGCUCAUUUUUUUUUUCGUUGAUAAUGUUUGUUUUGGUCAGGUGGACAAGUGCCAGGAUUUCCAACUAUGAACGUUGGCGGAUUUCCUAUGAUGGGCGUACCAAUGGGAAUGGUUAAUCAAGCUGCAUUCUCACAGCCAAACAUGAUGGGAAUGCAAGGAAUUAUGGGCGCUGUCCCUCAACAACAGCUUCAACAACCACCGCAGCAACUACCAACGCAGGCCGUUCGUGCGCCUCCAGCUCAGGUGAGAUAUUAUUAUUUCAUACCGAACUUUUCUUUUCAGCCUGCAAAUGGUCUUGCGGUACCUCAAGGCGCAAAAAACCGCACGUUCGUGGGAACCGUUACAAAAAUGCUUGACAAUUACGGCUUUGUUGACGAUGACGUCUUUUUCCAGCAUAGGUUCGUUGUGAUAUACCGAAUACUUGUGAAAACACCGGAAAGUUCGCUUCGAUUAAGAAUGAUUUUUUUUUCAAGUGUUAUUCGCGGAGCACACCCUCGAGUUAACGACAAAGUGAUGGUUGAAGCGAAUUACAAUCCAGGAAUGCCGUUCAAAUGGAACGCGUUCCGCAUUCAGUUGCUUAAUGCCACACCAGCUCCACAAGAAAUGCCUGCACCUGCGGCGCGACAGCCUCCAUCAAGAACGGUGGAACAGUCUAGGUACUGUUUUGAAACAAAAGAGCAUAAAAUUAAAUUUUAAAUUUUUUCUUAUUUUUAAAUAAUGGCAAUGAAUAAAAUAUUAAUAAAAAUAACUGUCAUAGAUGGGGACCUGGAAGCGGAAAUGAUCGGUCUUCUAAUGGUAGAGGAGUUUCUCCUGCACGUAUGAGAAGAGAAACGCCUCCACCAAGACGAGCUUCUCCUCGCCGAAUAAGUCCCAAGCGCGACCCUCCCUCAAGUCGACCAAGCAGAAGGUUAUAUUUUAGUCCUUUUGUUUUUUUGAUUUUUUAUCACUCAUUUAAAUUUUUUGCGUAUUUCAGAAGUCCGAGACGUUCUCCUCCUCCUGUCAGACGUUCUAGUCCUGCUAGGCCUGAAAGAAGCGAAAGAAAAAGAGAGAGAAGCCCAGGCAGUGGAAGCGUUGCGCCAUCCGUUAGACGCGAUAGUGCAAGUCCUCCAAGACGCCGUGCUCGAAUCAUCCCUCGUUAUGAGUGUAAAGCGCAGAAACAAGUUUUAUUGAGGUAAGGCAACUUUAUGGAACAUUUCUCAAAGUUCAAUUUCAGUGACGUUGUAUCGGGCGCAACACUCCGCUCGAGGUAUUCGAAAAUGUACCUCCCUUCGGACUUCGUAGAUAUGUCGUUUGAUUGGUCCAGCAGAAUUCCACUGGAGAUGUCGAUAGAUUUUACUAAUCCGGUAUCUCUACCAAGCAUUUUCUUUUCAAAGGAUGAUUUAAGAUUCAAUUUCACGUUUUUCAUAAGGACGUUGAUUUUCCACUGGGACCAGGCGAGGAAGAAGCUAUUCUAGAGCCGGACGACGCUGAUCACAGACACCAAGUCAAAGUAACUGAUAUUUUCGAAUCUUUCUAUAUGAAAAGAUUUCUCUCAGGUUCUUCUGCUGUCUCAUGCGGGAAAAUCAGAAAUACUCAAAAAAGCGUAUUGCUUGAUGCCAGAUGGUUCAAGCGAUGACCAUCAAGAACCUCAAUCGGUUUUCAAAAACAUAAGCUUCCUCGUUGGUGGGUUUUUGAAAGGCUUUUUUCGAGAAUUAUUUACAUUUGUUCAAUAGUAUAGAGAGUUUUUUAAAUUGUAUACUUUUGAAAUGUUUUCAAGGACUGGUUUCAAUAUGUCAAGAUCGAAAUCCUUCUCUAUUUUCAAGUUGAAAGUUUCAGAGAAUUGAAGAAAGGUUAAAUUUGGUUGAGAAAAAAAGUUUAAAAAUUUAGCGGUACUUAUAUAUGAACGUUUUUUUUAAGUUUAAAGCUUUAGACGGAAUUUUUUCGUGAUUUUUUCUCUAAAAGCUUCAUUGUUUUGAUCAAAAAUAGUCUCUGGUUUCAGGAUCGCGAGGCAAGGAGCUAAUGGGAAUCGGAGGAAGUUGGUCUCCAUCUUUAGACGGCGCUGAUCCAACAUCUCCAGCCACUCUCAUUCGCACUGCCGUUCGUACAACCAAAGCUCUCACUGGAAUCGAUCUCUCCAUCGUUCCACAAUGGUUGGGCUUCAAAAUAUUUUUCUUCUUUCGGAAUUUCCUCUCUUCAUUGAACGUUCUUCGAUUUUGUACGGCAACGCUCUCUUGCUAUAUAUUCAUCUAUUUUUUCUGGCUGCAAAAUGUUACAGUCGUAUUCGAGAAGAAAAAAAACGGAAGUCAAUUUCUAACGUUCUGGCGACAUCAAUGAUAAUUCUACUAGUGAGCUGAGAAGAUUAUUUGAUUAGGGGAAGGGUUGCGCAUAGUUUUAGGCUCAGAGAAUGUGAGUCGUCAAUUGUUUUGCUCAUCCACAGGUACUCGAUGGUCCAAGUACGUUACUACCGUUCGGACAAGGACCGCGUCGACAGAGUUCAUCUUCUGUGGCCCGACACGCAACUACUUACGCCGAGUGACGACUCUUGGGAUGCGCUUCAGGCGUCUUUGAGUGAGCAGCUGCAAACGAAGAUCGUCGCGCUUGACGCCUUGAACGUCGUUGAACCGCCAGUCGAUUCAGUUUCAGCGACACCCAAGGAAAGUACCGUCCUCGCUUCUGCAAGCACCUUUUCCGAUAGUUAACCGCUUUCCACUAUACCCUCGUUCUAACACUUUUUUGUUUUAUUUAAUGUUUCGGCGGGACAUCAUUAACCUCACACAUUUCUUCUAAUUCGCACGUUUUUCUUGCAUGAAUGUUUUUUUUUUCGUUGGAUUUCGUCAGGUAAAGCCUUGUUUGGAGAAAAAAAAAUGUAAUUUAGUACGAUAAUCACAUUUUGGGCGUAAACUUGAUCAAUUCCUAUUGGCGAAAAAUAUUCAUACUAUUUCAGGUGGAAGUAACUGGUACGAAUGUCGUAAAAGGAAGAACUAGCUGAUCAGUCUCUUGAGACUGCGGCCGAGAAAACGGGAGAUGAUGAAAAGCCCGAGGCUUCUCAUUGGAGCAAACUCGACACAAAGGCCAUGAAGGUUUGUUUUCAAAAUUUUUACUUGCAUUUAACAAAGUUUUCAGGUUGCUGAACUUCGAUUGGAGCUUGAAGCGCGCUCUCUAGAGACCAAAGGCAUCAAAACUUUGCUUGUUCAACGUCUUCAAGCUGCUCUUGACGCUGAAAAGCAAAAUGAUGGGUCAAAUGACAGCCUCAAUGAUGUCGUUAUGAAAGAAGAGUCGGAGACAGAGAAACCUGAGGAGGUACUUCGGAUUCUAUUCGUUAUUAUGAUUUUUUUAUCAUUUCAUUUCAGAUUACUGAACAAGUUCAAAAGACCGAAGCUGAAUUGAAAAAAGAAGCGGAAGAACUUCAGAAGAAAAAUGAGAAAAUCGAAAAGGAAAAGAAAGAAAAGAAAGACAGCCUCGAGCGUCAUUUUGCUAUGCCAAAAGAUAAGAAGGUUUGAGUUUCCACUUUUGGACCAAAUCACUAGUAAGAUGCUUUCAGAUUUUCGUUUAUCCUUCGAAAACUGCCAAGCAAGGAAAGUUCGAUUGUAAAGUCAUUUCUCUUAACUCUAUGCUGGAAUAUCGAUCGGAAGACAACAAAGAAAGCCAAUUCGAGGUUUUUUUUUAAUAUUUUGACGAGAUAGUUUUUUUUUGUCCAGGUUUCUCUGUUCGCAGAAGCAUUCCGUGAAAUGGUUGAACGUUUGUCAGCGUUUGGAAUUUACACUGCUCUAAGUGUAUCGGCAGAUAAAGAAGAAGAGAAGAAACGACGUGACGACGCCCGCGGAAAAGCGCCAGUCGAAAAGAAAGAGGAGGACAAAGAGGACAAGAAAGAAGAGACGAAACCGGAGAAAAUUGAUCUUAAAAGCAUCGUUUCGAAUCGUAACGUCUUCGAGUCAUUCGCCUACUUUGAUCAAAAUCUUUGCGGGUAGAUUUUCAUUUGUCGGUUUUUCAGAAAUUCAAAAUCUUUACAGAUACAUCAUGGAAAAAGACAUUGAAGAGAUUUUGUUCAAUGGGGAGUUUGGACUCUCGCGUGGCCAAAUUCAACGACUGUCCAAAAAACUUUCUUCUCGUGAUAAGAUCAACUACAGGUUUUUUUUUUGAAUUUUAUCGCUGUUUGGGCAGUUUAUAGAGCUUCAUAAAAAGUAGAUUGUUAGGAUUAAAAAGUGUUUCCCUUUUUUUCUGACAGAAUUUUUUUGUUCAUACAAAUAAAUGAAAAAGAUCGGUUCGUUGUUUGUUUGUUUGUGUUAAUAGACGUUCAAAAUAAUAUUUCAACACAAAUUCAGAACCUAGAAGCCGCCUAGGUCGUUAUUUUUCUCUAUAAACGGAACAUCUUCAUAUAAGAUGCGUUUUUGGUUUUCAAAGCAGUCGUUUUUGUCUAGAAAACGAUGUUAUAAUCACUGGCACUUUUUGUGAAAAAGCGCAGAAAAUAUCAUAAAUUAAACGAUGCGCAAGGACAGGAUCUUUUUGAUAUUACUUGUUUUUUUUUCUCUUUUUGGAAUAAUCAACGGCACUCACUACUUAUUAUCCAUCUAUUUUAAUUUUUUCAGACACCUCACAGACGUCCUGGUUGAUUCUGACGGUAUAGUGAAAUUCACACCAGGACAAGCGGACGAAACUCCCGAUGUCGCAGUACUGACGAGAGGUUUUUUUUAUUAUGUCGAAAUAUCUAUUUGUAAAAAAUUUUCUAGGAUACGGACUUUCUUACGCAAAAAUGCUGGAUGGUAACACUCCAAAUGGAGAAAUAAGCUCUUCGGAUGAUGGAAACGUCAUCAUAAAUGGAAAUGUCAUCAAUGUGCCGUUGAAGCUGAAAAUGCUCAAAACUAUGGAACAAGAACGAGAUUCUGCAAAAGCUUCACUGAACGAAAACAUUUCCUUGAUAGGUACCGUCAUUUUCAAUUCCACUCAAGAGUUUAUUCAUAUUUAGAUCAACUGAGAGAGGCUAAAUCGGAUAUUGACAAAAAGAAAAAAGAUCUGGAGAAAGAUUUGGAGAAAUCAAAGAAAAAGGUCGGCGAUCUGACCAGCUCUUUGAAGGUAAUUUGUGAAGGCUUCUUCAGCCUCAUUAAAUUAUUAUUUGAUCAGAGUACGAGCGAAGAGAACUCAAGUUUGAAAACAGUUUUGACGGACAUUCGCAAGUACGCCGAUCGUAUUAUUGUGGGUAUUGAAAAGCACAUAGCUUCGCCGAAAAAAGAGGUGGCUUCGAAGGUUUGUUCUGAGAUCUGAAUUUUUUUCAAGUCGGUGUCUCAAACCUGUGAGUUUACAGGAAAAAGAAGAGAAGAAGCUAGAAAAAACAGAAAAAGAGGAGAAGACACAAACAGUUGCUCCUACUACUGAUGAAACACCUGCAACGGCGGAAAUGGUUCUCACUGAGGAAGUUGGUCCGGAAGAAUGA